AUGAAAACAUAUACCCCCAAAGAAGUCCUCAUCAUUCCUCGCCUCGCCGGUUCCUUGAUGGAAUACUACCCGGCAGUUUCGCCGCAACAGGCGCAGAGACAAAAGCAUGCCGCGAGAUUAAAGGAUUCAGAAUCAUCAUCAUCACUCCUCCUCCACAUCUCCGCCGCAGCAGAUUACUUCACCUCCAACACGAGUGUCAUGCUGCACCCACCGCCGGUAGACGUGGACAUCAUCCUUGAUCCCUUUCUCUUUAACGUGCUUCCUCGGUCGUUGGUGCCGACGAUCGGGUGGAUCGUUGUCGUUGCCGUGGCUGGGUGGAUAGUUUCGAAGAGGGUGGUGUCCUUCUUGGUUGGAGAGGUCGUGUUGACCGAGGAGGCGGGUGAGGGUGUGGAAGAGACAGAGAGUAAGAAGGUGAGGUGA